AUGUAUCCGAAGGUGGGAAGCCCCAAAACAACCAAAUUCUCUGGUUCAAGCGCUACUGAAUCGACUAAACGAACUCUGCUGCCGAUCGUUCCAGUGAUUCUGCGUGCCAACGGGAAGAAGUACCAUCUAUUUGCGCUUCUAGACGGUGGAAGCGAAAUAUCUGUUAUCAGGAAAAAGGUCGCAACUCUUCUCGGAUUAAAAGGCCGCAUGGAACGAGUCGUUACAAGAACGGUUGAUGGAGAAAGCCGACCGACUGAUCAUGAGAUAGUGAAAUUCAACAUUGCCUCGCUGGAUGGUCGUUUCAGCCUCGACAUCAUCGACGUACACGUGAUGGACACUUUCCGGCUGAACAAAAACUCCAUUGGCCUGACUGACCUUUCCAAGAAAUGGCCACACCUUGCUCAUGUGCCAAUACCUUCGGUGCUCGAUGAAGAUGUUGCUAUCCUGAUUGGGCAGGACCACCCAGCUGCUAUCGAGAUUUUUGAAACUCGUAAGGACCCGUAUCACCAACGUGCUCCCCGAGCUUAUCUUACAGCCUUUGAUUGGUGUGUUGCUGGCCCCGCGGCAAGAUCCGAUGAAACAGGUCGGAGUUGUUUUCAUCUUAGCUUAUCCGAAGACCGGUGUGACAACUUGCUGCAACACUUCAUCGAGUUCGACACCUUCGGAACGAAGCCAAACGUCAUGAAGCCCAUCAGUAGAGACGAAGAAAGAGCUUGGGAAAUACUGGGAGAUACUACAAAACACAAUGGCGAACGUUACGAAUCCGGCCUAUUGUGGAAGUUGGACGACCCGGCGCUACCCAACAACUUCUUUGCUGCCCAACGACGUUUUUCCAGCCUCGAAAGAAAAUUUUCCAAAGACAAUAAACUGGCCGAAACCUACAAAGGUGUUAUCAACACUUACGUCAAUCUCAAACAUGCGCGUAAACUGUCUAAAGGAGACAUUGAUGCUGGGCCCUCAGGUCGAACAUGGUACAACCCUCAUCAUCCGGUGUUUAACCCGAACAAGCCGGGAAAAUGUCGUGUUGUAUUUGAUUUGUCCGCAAAAUGUCACGGAAUAUGCCUAAAAGAUGUUCUACGCAGAGGUCCAGAUCUCCUCACAAAUCUUGUUGGGAUUCUUCUUCGCUUCCGUCAGUACGCUGUCCCAAUCGUGGCCGAUGUGGAAAAAAUGUUCCAUCAGGUAAGGGUGUGGGCUAUCGACGGGCCGGCCUUCCGUUUCUUGUGGCGCGAUCCGGGCUCGACGAAACCAGUAGACGUCUACCAGAUGAAUGUCCACCUUUUCGGCGCUGUCUCUUCUCCAGCUGUCUGUUCGAACGCUCUGAAACAAACAGUUGCAGAGCUAAUAUGUGCGAUCAUUUUCGCGAUGGAAUUGAACCCUAAACCUUCGGCGUACCGCUCCGAUGCUCUACCAUUGAGCCAUAACUCACAGAUUUUAAUUUUCAAUUUUUACAAUGAGUUUAAAGGUAACAUGUUCACACUAGUAAUAAUUUAA